CAUCCAAUUUUAGAGCGGAAGUGAAGGCGGGAGGUUUGUAACACUCGCAGGAGGCGUUUGAGAAGCGUUCAUUCAACACUGAAUUUACCAAAAUUUAACUUUGUAUUUUACGUAAAAUGAUCGCAGGAGUGAAACGGGAGAGGGAUGUUGAUGAAGACGAGGAGGAAGAGGUGCGUGUGAAAGUCGGUCGCUCUCAUGGUGUUGAAGACCGAAGAAGCCGUCAUUGUCCGUAUCUGGACACAAUCAACAGGAGUGUUUUGGAUUUUGACUUUGAGAAGCUUUGUUCAAUCUCUCUCUCACACAUUAAUGUCUAUGCCUGUCUGAUCUGUGGGAAAUAUUUCCAAGGUCGAGGUCAGAAGUCUCACGCGUACAUCCACAGCGUUCAGUUCACACAUCAUGUUUUCCUGAAUCUCCACACGUUGAAGUUUUACUGCCUGCCAGACAAUUAUGAGAUCAUUGACUCCUCAUUAGAGGAUAUUACGUAUGUGCUGAAACCCACAUUCACCAAACAGCACAUCGCUGGUUUGGAUAAGCAUGGAAAGCUGUACAGAGCCUACGACGGCACAACCUAUCUGCCGGGAAUUGUGGGUCUCAAUAACAUCAAGGCCAAUGACUAUGCUAACGUGGUUUUGCAGGCUUUGUCAAAUGUGCCACCUCUGCGGAACUACUUUCUGGAGGAGGACAACUACCGCAGAAUCCGCCGGCCGCCGGGUGACAUCAUGUUUCUGUUGGUGCAGCGCUUUGGGGAGCUCAUGCGCAAGCUCUGGAAUCCUCGCAACUUCAAAGCCCACGUGUCGCCGCAUGAAAUGUUGCAGGCGGUGGUGUUAUGCAGUAAAAAGACCUUUCAGAUCACUAAACAAGGGGACGCUGUUGACUUUCUGUCUUGGUUUAUGAAUGCAUUGCAUGGUGCUCUUGGUGGGACAAAGAAGAAAUCAUCCAUCGUCACCAAGGUGUUUCAGGGGUCCAUGCGAAUCUUCUCAAAGAAGCUUCCCCAUCCAGAUUUGCCUGCAGAAGAGAAGGAAGCGCUUCUUCUUAAAGAUGAGUAUCAGGAGGAGAUGUCUGAGUCCACCUUCCUGUAUCUGACACUGGAUCUGCCCACCGCACCGCUCUACAAAGAUGAGAAGGAGCAGCUCAUCAUUCCUCAGGUUCCUCUCUUCAACAUCCUGGCCAAGUUCAAUGGAAACAAUGAGAAGGAAUACAAGACAUACAAAGAGAAUUUUCUAAAAAGGUUCCAGCUCACCAAACUUCCUCCGUACCUCAUCUUCUGCAUCAAACGAUUCACCAAGAACAACUUCUUUGUGGAGAAAAACCCAACUAUUGUCAACUUCCCCAUCACGAACGUUGAUUUGCGCGAGUACCUGACAGAAGAGGCGCAGGCUACAGAGAAGGUCACCACCUACGACCUGGUGGCCAAUAUAGUUCAUGAUGGAAAACCCUCUGAGGGAUCCUACAGAAUUCAUGUUCUGCAUCAUGGCACAGGGAAGUGGUACGAGCUUCAGGACCUGCAGGUGAUUGAUAUCCUUCCACAGAUGAUCACGCUCUCAGAGGCCUACAUACAGAUUUGGAAAAGACAAGAUAAAGACGAUGGAGCAGAAAGCCAUACAGGGGCGUAGGAGGCCCAAAGUCACAGCUUUGGUGAGGUGUAAAUGAAAUGAGUCAUUUCUGUUCAGGCCUGAAUGCAACACUUUAAGGCUUUAAGAACGAAGAGACUGAGUUACAAUGAGAGAAGACAUUAAACUAAAACCCUGAUGUGUUUUAUUUCAUGUAACUGGUGAUUGACACAUUUGUGUUCCUACGUGACUUUUUAUAAUUAUUUCAGUUUGAUUGUGACUGUUAUUUGCCUAUGAAGUUUGGCAGUUUGUAGUAUGAGACUUUUUAUUAAAGAUUUCAAGGUUGUAUACGUUGUCUUUCAUUCAGCUCUACAGAAUGUAUUGUGAAUAAUAAGCUCGAUCAAAGCCUUCAAAAUUACAGUACAGCAUAUGUUUGUUGUAAUUUAAAUGCGAUGGUAAUUGCACAAAAAUAUGUAUGGGUUUGUUAGUAAAAUGAAUAACAGGACAAAAGGUGACAGAUUCUCAUGUUAAAUGUUUUCAGGUAUAUUCGAAAAGAUAAUUAUAUAAGGUCACUUUGUUACAAGAGCUUAUUCUAAAGGUGUCAUUCAAAAAAAAAUCAAAAGUGCUUUUCUCCCAAUGAACUGCUUACAUUGCCUUAAAAUCUGUUGAGUUUAUUUCUUGCAUCAUCUCAACACAGAAAUGCAGAAGUCAUGAUAUUAUAAAAUGUUACACAAAAUGCACACUGUGUUAGCAUUUCCUAUGUUAAGUUGAUUAGUAUUGUAUUAAAUGUUUACCCAGUGAGGUUUGGCGUAUGAAAAUGAAGGUACAGGACAUAAUUAAUAGGAAGCAGAUAAGUACAGGCACAUUAAAAACAAA